AUGAAUGUCCCACCUCCUGAAGCAGCCAAACAGCAGAGCAAGGUUUGUUCUUAUAGAAAACCCACUGCACCCCUACUACCACUCUCCCACCUUCCAAAACUCCCCUGCUCAUAUCUCUCCUCCCACUCCCCCUCGCCCAUCUAUCCAGACUCAGACAGUCUCUCAAGCCCCACCCGCCUCACUCUCAGCCUAUCGGAUGGGGAGGAUCAGCUGGACCGCCUCCAGCAGGUGGAGCUUGCCCGGGGCAUGCCCAUGUCGCUGUGGAGGGCGGGCACCGUGCAGGCCUGGCUGGAGGUCAUCAUGGCAAUGCCCAUGUACAUUCGCGCCUGCUCUGAGAAUGUGAAGAGUGGCAAGGUGCUGCUGGGCCUGUCAGAUGAGGACCUGGAGCUUGGGUUAGGGGUCACCAGCUCCAUGCACCGCAGGAAGCUCCGGCUGGCCAUCAAUGACUACAGGGAUGCCGAAAACGGCAGGGGGCUGUCAAAGGCUGCAGACUUGGACCACCACUGGGUGGCCAAGGCCUGGCUGAACGACGUGGGGCUGCCGCAGUACUCGCAGGCCUUCCACACACACCUGGUUGACGGGCGCAUGCUCAACUCUCUGACACAGCGUGAUCUGGAGAGGUCCCUCAACGUCACCAAGAAGGCCCACCAGGUCAGCCUGCUGCUGGGCAUCGAGCUGCUGUACAUGCUCAACUUUGACAAGGAGGCCCUCCAGGCCAGACGGGCUCAGUGUGAGCAUCAGAACCUGGAUCCCUUGGUAUGGACGUGUCAUCGUGUCGUCAAGUGGGUUCGAGACAUUGACCUUAAGGAGUUUGCCGACAGUCUCCAGAACAGUGGAGUUCAUGGUGCGGUCAUGGUGCUAGAUCCCUCCUUCAACAUGGACUCCAUGGCAACGGCAUUGGGUAUCCUAGGCAACAAGCACAUGAUUCGCCACCACCUCACUGAGGAAAUGAAGGCCCUCAUCAGUUCGGCCAGGUCAGGUGGUCUACAGCAGCACCAUGAUAGGCUGGGGACUAUGAGCACCCCACCCACGCCUCUAUGCCAUGCUUCCCCACCUACGCCGUUACGCCAUGCCUUCCUGGGCCAGCCCACCAGCUCCGCCAGCCGCCACACACACCUGGACGACGAAGGCUCCCUCAGGAGACGGGCCGUCAAGGUGUGCACUCCCCCAGACUACGGACGAAAAUUAGCUAUUUUGCUAACUCCGUCACACUUGAAUGUAAACAAUAAAUGUUGAUUAAAGGGAUAGUUCAGCUAAAUUCAAUGCUAAUAAUUAGCUUCGUUGGUCAUGGCUAGUUUAACAAAACCAAAUUGUGGAUUGCAGUCACUCUGCUUUCAUUCAAGGCAAGGAAACAAAUAUCUAUAUAUGUAAUUUAUAUGAACUAUCCCUUCAAUGCGCACUGUCCGUCAAAUACAUUCCUGUGUCGAUGUUAUAGCUUCAAGUCUUUCUUGUUUUGAAAAAGGCCUUGAAGCCAAAAUGUCUCUAUUCGUUCCUCUUGCAUUUGCUUUCCUAUAGUGUAGACCUAUAGCCCUAGGGGAAUAUAUAUUUACUGUGUAGCGAUAUCCUCAGUUUGAAGCCUUGUUUGAAAAUGGUCAAAAUGCUUCCUUCCUCCCCCUUGGAGUAACCACUGAUCUAACGUUACAGAAUAGGUCACCAUUCCAGACAUGUCAGAUCAGUGAUUACUUCAAGACCCCAAACCUCCUUUAGGGUUCAGCCCUAAAGCCCAAUGUGGGCGGGACUUGAGUUGUCAUAGCUACUGCUCCCUGCCGAGAGAGGCUUGCGAUGAAGCUCUGCCCAGGACGGAGGGGAGUCCAAUCCACAGACAAUCGGGCCUCGAGGUCACGGACAUGUGACAUGGUGACGUCUGUGUCUACAGUACGGCACAGGACCCUUGGCCUUGUGGCAAGCCAGACGAAUUAUGUUUACGGUAUUUUUCUAAUGAUGGAGGCUUUGAUGGUCAGAAUGCACUUUCUUUGGCAAGAGAAAUAACCUUUUUUUAUUUAUCCCAUUCUAAUAUCAAUUAUUUGCAUCUCUCACUGGUAUUUGUGGAAUCUGACCAUUGUGAGGAGUCGAGGAGACACGUCUAUCCCUUGGAAACAAUCUCAAACUGAAAAGGCUUUUAUUUUUUCUAUUUGCAUUAUGUGCAAAGUUUUUUUUUUUUUAACAGGAAAUGACUCAGUGAUUAAUUUGAGUUUUGUAGUUCUUAUUGAUGACCAGUCUCAAUGUGAGCGAAUGAUUCAAAACAUUCAAAUUAGUUUUACAACAAAUGUCUUUUUGAUGUUUAAUUCAAUCCUGAUGUUAUAGCAACUCUCAAAUGCCUUGCAAACAUGGACUGUGGAUAUUGUCUGUAGUAAAGCAAACAAACAAUUA